GGGGCUGGGUUGUGCAGGAGGCGGCCAGGGGGUUCGCCGUGGGCGCGGCGGCGUGGGGCGCGGCCUGGGGCUCGCAGUGCCCAGCCUGCCCCGUGCCCGCGCCGUGCCCGGCCUGCGUCUGCCAGUGCGAACCCAGGCUGGUCUGCCCAAGCGGCGGCCACGCCGAGGCCCCCGCGCCGGGCUUGCUGGCCGCGGGCCGGGCCUGGCUGGGCAGCCUGGCCUGCACGGCAGCGGCGGCCUGGGCCUGCGCGCGGCGGCGCGGCUCCACGGCGGUCGGGCCCAGCCCGCCAGUGGCCUGGCAUGGCGGGCCAGCGGCGCUGGCAGGCGGCGGCCCCGCCACCUGCCCGAGGUCGCUGCUGCGCAGGUGGCGGCGCGGCGGGCGGCCAAGCUCCAGCCGACGCAGUGAGAUGACCAUCGCCCCCGCAGCCCACCUCCUGGCCCAGGCGGGGCUGCAGGAGGGCGACUUCCUACUCGCGAAAUACGCAGGGUUCCCGGACGUGUGGCACGAGCGGCUGAUCGUUCUGGUUCCAGACGGCGCAGGCCAGGUGUGCACGCUGACCCCCGACGACGACAGCUACGAGGAGGACCUCUUCGCGCCAGCGGAGGUCCGCCGAUGGCUGCCAUGUGACGGGGGCCGCAUGGGCGCCUACCCGGCGGCCGUCGUGGGUGGCCACGUGCAUGGCUUCCGCGGCGUCCCAGCCCCAGCGAGGGUCGCGCAGGUGCUCGCGGCGGCAGCGGCACGGAUGGGCUUCGCGCUGACGCCGGGCGUGUCCGUGGUGCCCAACCUCGUGGGCGCCGGGGCUGGCCCGCGGCCGCGGCCUGGCGCCCGGGCUGCCGCCCCCCUGGCCGCGGCCGCGGCGGUGGCGGCCCCUGGGAUGGCUUCUGCGGCGGCGGCCCCCCCGGGCCUGCUGGUGGCUGCGCCGCCUGCGGCUGGGGCGGCGGGAGUGGCUCCCGGGGGCGGCGGUGGCGUCGCGGGCCUGGCUGCUGCCCUGGCGCUUCCGCCCGCGGGUGCCGCCGCGGCGGCCCCGCCUGCGGGCCCCCCUCCGCCUCUCGUCGGGGCUGCCGCGGCCGCCGCGCCUGCGGCCGCGGCCGCCAGGACGGCGCUGUGGGUCCUCAAGUUCAUGGAGGCUCACGGCGGCACGCCGACAGGUCGCCACUCGAGAUGGAUGUCGGAGACCAGGCUGCAGGGCCAUGAGCCCAGAGUGGACGAGCAUGAGAGGGCGUGCCGCACGCUGGAGCGCAUGGUGGUGCACGAUCAGUUGAACGUGGCUAACCUAGCCUGCGGGGAGAUGCUGGGACGCAUGGAGUCGCACCUGCUGCUCGGCUCGGACCAGCUGCAUGAGAACGCGUGCGUGGCGCCAGCCUUGCAGGACCACUGCCGGGACGAGCUGGCCAAGACGAACGUCUACAGGAAGGAACAACGCAAUGCCAGAGAGGAGCGCGACUUGGCCCGCCAGGCUAAGAAGGGGCCAAAGGGCGACAAGACCUCUGGCAAGGGUGACAGUUGA